UCCCCGAUUUGCACUCAUUCAGUCGCCGAAUUGUUUUUGUAUCGGGUGAUAUGGCGUAGCGUUAACGUUAUUACAGUAGGGCGAUCGCCGUUUGGAGUAGAAAAUCGGUGGGUGACACAAAGGAAAAGUUUUCCUAACAGAGUUGGGAAAAGUUCUGCAAGCCGACGAUGGUCCUUUAAAGUUUGAGACGUCUAAACUAUUGUUCUCACGCGGUGAACUACGGAAGAGGGUGGAUGUUUCAGGUCACGAGGUAGUCAAAGAUGGCUGCAGCUUCUUAUGAUCAGCUGCUGAAGCAAGUAGAAGCACUGAAGAUGGAGAACUCCAACCUGCGCCAGGAACUAGAAGACAACUCCAACCACUUGACCAAACUUGAGACCGAGGCCUCCACUAUGAAGGAGGUGCUGAAACAGCUACAAGGAAACGUUGAAGAAGAGUCCAGUGAGUCUUCAGGGCAAAUUGACCUUCUAGAGAGACUUAAAGAGAUGAACCUAGAUCCCGGCAGCUUCCCUGCCGUGAAGAUGAGGCCCAAAGUGCCCAUGCGCUACGACAGCCGUGAGGGCUCUGGAUCGGGGCGGUCCGGAGGCAGCAGCCCCGUCCCCACUGGCUCCUUCCCCAGGAGAGUGGUGGUGAACGGGGGCCGGGAGAGCACCGGCUACCUGGAAGAGCUGGAGAAAGAGAGGUCUUUGCUCUUGGCAGAGCUGGAGAAAGAGGAGAAGGAGAAAGACUGGUACUACGCACAACUCCAGAACCUCACCAAGAGGAUCGACAGCCUUCCUCUGACAGAAAAUUUUUCUCUGCAGACUGACAUGACUCGGCGGCAGCUGGAGUACGAGGCCCGGCAGAUCAGAGCUGCCAUGGAGGAGCAGCUCGGUACCUGCCAGGACAUGGAAAAGAGGGCACAGGCAAGAGUGGCACGGAUUCAGCAGAUUGAGAAGGACAUGCUGCGGAUCCGGCAACAUUUGCAGUCCCAUCCGGGCGAGUCCGAGAAGACGUCACAGAGCAAGCAUGAGACCACUUCCCUCGACGGUGAGCAGUCGAGAGAAGGAACCCCGGUAUCCAGCGAGGCCUGCAUGGCUGCCCCAGGGUGUGGUCAGGGCUCAAUUUCUCAAAUGGACCAUGAGGCAACCAGUGAUAUGAGCUGUGGUAGUAGUUACUCUGUCCCACGCAGACUGACAAGUCACCUGGGGACCAAGGUGGAGAUGGUGUAUUCACUUUUGUCAAUGUUGGGCACUCACGACAAAGACGAUAUGUCCCGCACCCUGCUGGCCAUGUCCAGCUCCCAGGACAGCUGCAUUGCAAUGCGGCAGUCAGGCUGCUUGCCUCUGCUCAUACAGCUGCUCCAUGGUAAUGACAAGGACUCCGUGCUCCUGGGAAACUCACGGGGCAGCAAGGAGGCCCGGGCCCGGGCCAGUGCCGCCCUCCACAACAUCAUCCACUCGCAGCCUGACGACAAGCGCGGGCGCAGGGAAAUCCGCGUGCUGCACCUCCUGGAGCAGAUUCGGGCCUACUGUGAGACCUGCUGGGAUUGGCAGGAAACCCACGAGCGAGGGGUCGACCAAGACAAAAACCCCAUGCCCUCUCCUGUGGAGCACCAGAUCUGCCCUGCCGUUUGUGUGCUAAUGAAGCUGUCCUUUGAUGAGGAACACAGGCAUGCCAUGAAUGAACUAGGUGGUCUCCAGGCAAUAGGAGAACUGCUGCAGGUUGACUGUGAGAUAUACGGGCUGACUAGUGACCACUACAGUGUAACGCUGAGGAGGUAUGCUGGAAUGGCCCUCACAAACCUGACCUUCGGGGAUGUGGCUAAUAAGGCGACUUUAUGUUCAAUGAAAGGCUGCAUGAGGGCAAUGGUGGCUCAGCUGAAAUCAGACAGUGAGGAUUUACAGCAGGUAAUUGCCAGUGUUCUGAGGAACUUGUCCUGGCGUGCAGACGUCAACAGUAAGAAGACGCUACGUGAGGUGGGGAGUGUGAAGGCGCUCAUGGAAUGUGCUCUGGAUGUCAAGAAGGAAUCCACCUUAAAGAGUGUUCUUAGUGCCCUGUGGAACUUGUCAGCACACUGCACUGAAAACAAAGCUGAUAUAUGUGCUGUAGAGGGAGCAUUGGCCUUCUUGGUCAGCACUCUGACAUACCGAAGCCAAACUAACACCCUGGCUAUUAUUGAAAGUGGUGGAGGCAUCUUGCGGAAUGUUUCCAGUCUCAUUGCAACAAAUGAAGAUCACAGGCAAAUAUUAAGAGAGAACAAUUGUCUCCAGACCCUCCUUCAGCACCUGAAGUCUCACAGCUUGACAAUUGUCAGCAAUGCAUGUGGAACUCUCUGGAACCUUUCAGCUCGGAAUACAAAAGACCAGGAAAGCUUGUGGGAAAUGGGAGCCAUUAGCAUGUUGAAGAACCUCAUUCACUCAAAGCACAAAAUGAUAGCAAUGGGCAGUGCAGCAGCUUUAAGGAACCUCAUGGCUAAUAGACCUGCUAAAUUCAAGGAUGCUAACAUCAUGUCCCCAGGGUCCAGUUUACCAUCUCUCCAUGUCAGGAAACAAAAGGCUUUAAUUGAGGAACUAGAUGCACAGCAUCUGUCAGAGACAUUUGACAACAUUGACAAUUUGAGCCCAAAAGCUCAACAUCGGAGCAAGCCAAGACACAAACAGAACAUAUACAGUGAGUAUGUUCUAGAGCCUGGUCGUCACAAUGAUGAUGGUGUCUGUAGGGCAGAGAGCUUUAAUUCAAACAACUUGACUGUCCUCUCUCCUUACGUGAACACUCCAGUGCUCUCUAGCUCAUCCAGAGAAAGUUUCAGGGUUGAAAAAGACCGGAGUCUUGACAGGGACAGGAGAGCUGGGGUACCUGGGGGGUUCCAUCCCUCAGAUGACCCCUCCAAAAGAAUGGGGAAGCAGAUAACAACUGCAGCACAGAUUACCAAGGUAAUGGAAGAAGUGCAAAUCAUGCACAUAAGCCAAGAUGACGGAAAUGGUGGAACAACGCAACAAGGAAAGCAUUGUGCAGAGGAUGAAAUAAGUGGUGUUAGGCGUACUACUGUUGCACACGCUCAUUCAAAUGUGUUUAACUUCAGCAAGACCGAGCACCCUAACAGAAAGUGCCCAAUGCCAAAAAUGGAAUACAGGGCCUCAAAUGACAGUCUGAACAGUGUUAACAGCAAUGAUGGCUAUGGCAAAAGAGGUCAGAUGAAACCCUCAAUUGACUCCUACUCUGAAGAUGAAGGGAAAUGUUGCAUUUAUCGGAAAUAUCCUGCUGAUCUGGCCCACAAAAUACACAGUGCCAAUCAUAUGGAAGAUGAUGAUGGUGAUCUGGAUACACCAAUAAAUUACAGCUUGAAGUACUCUGAUGAACAGCUGAAUUCUGGUCGGCAGAGUCCCAGUCAGAAUGAAAGGUGGGCACGACCUAAACAUCUUGAGGAUGACAUCAAAAGGUCAGAUCAGAAACCUGCACAAUCUCAAAGCCCAGGAUAUCCAAUGUACACCGAAAGCAAUAGUGAUGCUGAGGAAAAACACAAUAAAUACCAACCUAGGUUCGUGCAGCCUGAGCUUUGCGGAGGGUUCAGAUCAAGGAGUUCCAAUUGCUCCGAGCAAAGUCGAGGUAGUUCUAGCCAUGGGACUACUAAAAAUGCUAACCAGACUACGUGCGCUGUUGAGGAUUAUGGUGAUGAAAAGCCAACUAAUUACAGUGAGACAUACUCCGAAGAGGAGCAACAUGAUGAGGACCGGCCAACAAAUUACAGCAUCAAAUACAGUGAGGAACACCAUGUCGAACAGCCUAUUGACUACAGCUUGAAAUAUUCUGAAAGCCCUGCGAAAAAGGCCAUGUUCAGCCAUUCAAAGUCACCUUCUAAAACUUCUGCAAAAGAUCAUCUGAACCAGAUUGGUGCCACACCUUCCAUAACCUCACAAAAGAGUUCCAAUAGACAAAAGCAGCUUCAACCAGCAUCAGCUCAGAGACAGUCCGGGCCAACUGGGAUGCUCCCGAAGACAUCGACAUGUAAGGCUCCUUCCAUUAAUCAAGAAACACUACAGACAUACUGUGUUGAAGGCACACCAAUCUGCUUCUCUCGAGGCAGUUCCUUAUCCUCUUUAUCGUCUGAGGAAGAUGAAAUUGAAGGCUGUGAUCAAUCCAUAAACACUGUAAAUAACUAUCCAACUCUGCCAAUUUGUGAUAAAGAGUCUACUGACACUGUUGCAAAUCAGCGCAUGAAUAAGAACCAGACAAAUACUCAGUACAUUCGAAUGAAGCCACAGAGAAACCAGGGUUCCAUUGCAGAUUGUUCAAGACACAAAGCUGUUGAAUUUUCAUCUGGUGCCAAAUCCCCAUCCAAAAGUGGUGCACAGACUCCUAAAAGUCCUCCAGAACAUUAUGUCCAAGAGACACCUCUCAUGUUCAGCAGAUGCACAUCAGUGAGCUCCCUUGACAGUUUUGAGAGUCACUCCAUUGCAAGUUCAGUACAGAGUGAACCGUUUAGUGGUAUGGUCAGUGGAAUCAUUAGUCCAAGUGACCUUCCCGACAGCCCUGGGCAAACAAUGCCUCCAAGCAGAAGCAAAACUCCACCACCUCCACUUCAAUCCCAAAUGAAGCAUAAAACAAAGGUGCUGCCUCACAAUGAAAAGAGAGCCUUGGCACCAAGACAUUCAGAUGUGAAUUCUGCUGUUCAGAAGGUCCAAGUACUUCCAGAUAAUGACACACUGUUACAUUUUGCCACUGAAAGUACCCCCGAUGGAUUCUCUUGUGCUUCAAGCUUAAGUGCACUCAGCCUUGAUGAACCUUUCAUUCCAAAAGAUAUCGAGCUUCAAGUUAUGCCACCAGUUCAAGAAGAUGAUCUUGGAAAUGAGGGUGAGCCUGAGAAAGAUGACACUAAUGAAAUCAAGAGUCAAGAAUUGACCAAGUUAUCCAGUGAUCCAGAAAAAGACAUACUAGAUGAUUCUGAUGAUGAUGAUAAUGAAAUACUAGAAGCCUGCAUAAACUCCGCUAUGCCUACAAAGUCCUCUAGAAAACCAAAAAAGUCUCCUUCGUCCAUUUCACGAAUACCUCCGCCCGUGGCCCGUAAACCUAGUCAGCUUCCUGUUUAUAAAUUGCCUCCUUCACAAAACCGAGGACAGCCCCAGAAACAUGUCAGCUUUACCCAUGGGGAGGACAUGCCAAGAAUAUAUUGUGUUGAGGGAACCCCCAUUAAUUUUUCAACUGCAACGUCUCUCAGUGAUCUUACUAUUGAUUCUCCUCCUAAUGAGUUGGAAAAUGUUGAAAACCUGGCUCCAGGUGCUGAUAACUCUAUUCAAAGGAGGGACACCUUUCCAGAGGGCAAAAGCGCACAAGGCAAGGAUUUGGGGAGAAGUCCCACUGCAAGAAUGUCUGCAUUGGAUGAGAAAAAUGAAGGGGAUGAUAUUCUUGCAGAGUGCAUCAGUUCUGCUAUGCCAAAAGGCAAAACUUACAAGCCUUUUAGAGUGACUAAGAUGACUGACCAAGUGCAGCACCCACCUACAUCUCCCGGUAAUCUUGUCCAACAAGAAAUUGAAAAGAAGAAGCCUACAUCCCCUGUUAAGCCAAUGCCACAAAGCAGUGAAUAUAGAGCAAGGAUGAUUAAGCGGCCAGAGCCUGCAAGUAGUUUUGCCUCUGGGGUAUCCUGCCCUGAUAAAAACAAGGAUGCCAAAAAACGACAACAAAAUGUAUCCAGAAAGGUUUCAGAUAAGCCUCAAAAUAUCAAUGAGAGAGUGCGCCCUGGUUUAACUUUUGAUUCACCCCACCAUUACACACCAAUAGAGGGCACUCCCUAUUGCUUUUCCCGUAACGAUUCCUUAAGCUCAUUAGACUUUGAAGAUGAUGAUCUUGAUUUCUCAAAAGAAAAAGCUGAACUCCGAAAAGAAAAAGACCAUGGGAAAACUCAAACAAAAAGUGGUGGUGGGCAGCCUGUUCAAAACACUGGUGCCAAUAAUGGACAUACAUUCCCGUCGGUUCCUUCAAAACAGCUACAGAAACAAGGAUGUAUGCCACAGGCGCCCAAAGAAAAUGCAGGAGCCAUCACUGACGAGAAGCAAAACUUUUCCAUUGAAGACACACCAGUGUGUUUUUCUAGAAAUUCAUCCCUUAGUUCAUUGAGUGACAUUGACCAAGAAAAUAACAACAAAGACAUCCAUCAGAAAGAAAAUGCAAGUCCUAUGGAAACACCUAAACCUCAAGCCUCUGGUUAUGCCCCAAAGGCCUUUCAUGUUGAGGAUACCCCUGUCUGUUUUUCUAGAAAUAGUUCACUUAGUUCUCUUAGCAUUGAUUCAGAAGAUGAUCUUUUGCAAGAAUGCAUUAGCUCUGCAAUGCCAAAAAAGAAGAAACUUAAAAAUAAAGGAGAUGACAAUGGAAUGGAUGAUGGUAGUAUGGGUGGCAUUUUGGCUGAAGAGCCUGAUCUAAUACAGGAUCUCACUGACACACACAGUCCUAUUUCAGAACAAGCCCUUUCACCGGAUUCAGAAUCUUUUGAUUGGAAGGCUAUUCAAGAAGGUGCCAAUUCUAUAGUGAGUAGUUUGCACCAAGCAGCUGCUAGCCUUUCAAGACAAGGCUCUUCAGAUUCGGAUUCAAUCUUGUCUUUAAAGUCUGGUAUUUCGAUAGGAUCUCCUUUUCAUCUUACUGAGGAUCAAGAAGAAAAUGUAUCUUCCAGAGGGCCCAGAAUAUUGAAGCCAGGGGAAAGGAGCACUUUGGAGUCAAAGAAGAAAGAAGAUGAAGUUAAAAGUCUGAAAGGGGGGAAGAAAGUUUAUAAAAGUCUUAUAACGGGAAAGCCACGGACAAACAUUGACAGUGCCUCUUCUCAGCAGAGGCAAGCUCAAGUUUCCAUGAUCUCUCGUGGAAGGACAGUUACUCAUGUUCCAGGUGUUAGAAGCAGUUCGCCCAGCAUUAGUCCAGUUCCCAAAAAGACACCACCUAGAGGUGCUGCCUCAAAAACUAUGCAAGGGCAAAACUCUUGCAAUUCACCUCGUAACAUGAAAACACCUGUUAAAUCAGAUCCAUGCCCUACAAGUAGGCAGCCAAGUUCUCAAGGAGGAUCAAGCAAAGCCUCUUCUAGAUCUGGCUCAAGAGACUCCACACCUUCUAGACCUGCUCAACAACCUUUAACCAGACCUAUGCAAUCUCCAGGUCGUACCUCAGUUUCACCUGGAAGAAGUGGUAUCAGUCCAUCUAACAAGUUAUCUCAGUUGCCCCGAACAUCUUCACCAAGCGCAUCUUCAACAAAAUCUUCAGGGUCAGGAAGAAUGCCAUACACUUCGACAGGGAGACACUUGGGUCAACAAAAUCCAACUAAGCAAAGUGGUUUGCCAAGAAGUACAAGUGGGAUCCCAAGGAGUGAGUCUGCUUCUAAAGGUCUCAAUCUGUCUGGAGCCACAAGUUCUUCUAAAAGAGCAGAAUUAUCAAGGAUGUCUUCCUCAAAGUCUAGUGGAAGUGAGUCUGACCGUUCAGAGAAACCUGCCUUAGUUCGUCAGUCAACUUUCAUUAAAGAAGCUCCGAGUCCAACACUAAAGAGAAAAUUGGAAGAGUCUGCUUCAUUAGAAUCUUUGUCUCCCUCAUCAAGGCCCUUAUCUCCCAAUCAAUCCCAAUUGCAGACACCAGUGUCAAGUCCAUCUUUGCCAGAUAUGUCAUUAACUUUGCCUGACCAAGGUAACUGCUGGAAGAAGUCCUCUCAAAGUCAAAGUUCUUCUGAAAAUGGGGAUGGGAGGUCUCAAAGAAAACAUGACAUUGCACGGUCUCAUUCUGAAAGCCCGUCCAGACCCCCAGUUAACAGGUCUGGGACAUGGAAACGUGAGAAUAGUAAGAUUUCUUCUUCUCUGCCAAGAGUUGGCACUUGGAAAAGAACAGGGAGCUCCUCAUCCAUCCUUUCAGCUUCUUCAGAGUCAAGUGAAAAAGCAAGAAGUGAAGAUGAGAGGCAAACAUUGAGUCCCCCUGAAAAAACUGUGCACCCCCCUUUAAAGGGAACAUGGCGGAAAGUAAAGGAGAAUGAAAUUGCUCAUGAACCACAGGAUUCAUCCAGUGAUGCAGAUUCAAAACCAGUGCUCCAUCAGAUGAUCCCUGUAAUGUCCAAGACUGAGGAUGUGUGGGUGAGAAUUGAGGACUGUCCUAUAAACAACCCCCGUUCUGGAAAAUCUCCAACAAGCAACACACCCCCAGUCAUUGGCUCUGUGAUUGACAAAGUACCUGCUGCAGAUCUGGAUGUGAAAGAAUCCCAACACAAACAAUCCAAAGUGAAUGAGAAUUGUUUGACAACUGCUUGCACUCUUGUUUCAGAAAACAAUUUGAAUUUGCUCAGAAGUGAGGCUCUUGAUAACAAAGGAGUUGAUGUUAAGCCUGUAUUGAGUAGUCAGAAUACCACUUCAGAGAUUCAUGAAAUUCCAGUUUCUGAACGCACUCCUUUUAGCUCCUCAAAUUCCAGUAAGCAUAGUUCCCCCAGUGGUGCUGUUGCUGCAAGGGUGACCCCUUUCAAUUACAACCCAAGUCCCAGAAAGAGUAGUGCAGACGGCAUCACUGCUCGGCCUUCUCAGAUCCCGACACCUGUGACCAGCAGCUCAAAGAAAAGAGACUCCAAAGGAGAAAGUGCUGAACCCAGUGGAUCAUACAUUGUGACUUCUGUUUGAAGGCCAAUUGGAAAAUCCAGAUGCCUUUAUUGAUUAUCCCACAUUCACUUUUUUAAAAUCACAAAUUUCAACUUCUUUUUCAAAGGAAGAUGAUUAAGGAUAUGAUCACUAAUGUAUACCUUGUUACAACUACAUUGUUGACUGUGGAGAAAAGACAGCAUGUAAAUAUAUAUUUUAUUUUAUAAUUUUUUAGCAUUACUGUCAAAGCCUUAUUUAAGGCACAGUAUCUUUGCUGGUAUAAAUGUGGCUGGCACACUUGGUUAUCAGGAGGAGAUAUGUUUGAAGGUGAUUGUAAGUGUAUUUGUACUGUAUAGAUUGACUAUGUAUGUAUUUAAUUUAAAUCCCUCUUGUGAUCCUGUGUCUUGCUUGACUUGACAAAGAUAAUCACCUAAAUGACAAAUUUGGGAUAUAAGAACACUUAAUUUACUUAACUACUAAUACAUAUGGGGCCAGUUUAACUGACACAGUUUCAGCCUACUGUAGUUUUUGACCAAACAAAAAGUUUAAUAGAGAUUAGAAAUACAAAAAUAUAUUUAAUCCAGGACUAAGCUUAAUCUUUGUCUGUGAAACUGGUCCUUGAUUUUUAAAGAAAUUAUGAAUCUGUAUUAGAUCAUUAGAAUAAAACAAUUUUUAUUGCUGAAAAACAUUUUAAACAUUCCCCUUAAGCUCUUGCAUGAACCAUUUUUGCUGGUUUCUUGAAGUAACAAUGAUAAUUUCUGUGGUCACAUGAUGUUUAUAGGUAGGUGUAGUAUAACAGUUCACACUUAUGUGUGCUGAAAAUAAGGAAUUGAGUGUAACCUCUGAAUCCCUUGAAUGGAGUUAUUUUACUAUGAACAUAGACUUUAUCAUAAGGUAGACUGUUUGCUAAACUGUUAACUUGUAUAUUCUGUUAAUUGGUGUGCGAUGGCUGCUCUUUUAAUGGGUCUCAGAAGGACUAAAUGAACAUUCAUUAAAUUACUGUAGGCUUUAGUGUUGGUCUGAGUUUAAAAAAAGAAAAACUAAUGUUCCAUUUUCCUUUAAUCACGCAUUGUUGUAGCAUAUGAUCAGUCUUGUACUGCCAAAAAUGGAAAUACAGUAUGCCAAUAACUAAGUUCAUGUUUUUUUCAUGAAAUAAAGUGAAUGGAUGGAUAUUUAAGAAAUGUUUCAAACUACAAACUGUAAAGUGGCAUAAUAAACACUAAGACUUUUUGUGCAA